UUAUGAAAUUUGUAUUUUAGUUUAAAGGUUAUAAAAGCUUAUUUACGCAUUGGAUUUGAAACUGAGAAUUUUCUUCGAACACAUGUAGAUGAACUGAACAUGUUGGUCGGCAAUGGCUGGGAAAGCAAGGCAGAUUCCCUUAAAAAACAUCGGUGCCCAACCGUUGAUAGCCCUCGUCCGAAAGUGCUCGCAUGAGAAGUUAAGGAAGCGGGAUAAAUUAAGAUCAUUUCUCCAUUUGAAAUGGCCUCACAAGUUUGUGGUUCUUGCCGAGUCCUGUUUAUAUAUCUAUGGCGACGAAGCGAGUGCCAAGUAUGAGGCCGCAUUCUCUAUGGCAGACUUUAAAUGUGUUAGCGUACACACAAAGGGUGACCAGUAUUUUUACCUCACGUUCAACGAUCCGGAGAGGGAACACAUCGUGUUUUGUUGUGAUACCAAAAAAUCGCGAAAGAAAUGGAUGAAAAAGCUCAAAGAAGCAAUUGAUGAGGCGACAGACUCAGGAAUAGGCCAUGAAGAGGAUGCCGAUCAAUCGGACGAUGAGGAUAGCGAUGACGAGGAAGACAACCCGUCGGGAAUGGCAGCGGCAAAAAGACCCAACACCUAUAUACAAAUUAAUGACAACGACAUAGUAUCCAUAGCUGGCGACUGCACUAUGUUGGAAGGCAAACUCGCUGAAGAACCUCCAUAUGUAAAUACCAGCGACCAUGCAGCCAUACAAGAUGAGCCAACAACACCACGUGACAAGCCUCGAUCCACUGUGGUAACUCCGCUCGCUAAGCCAGUAACGACACGGGACCAGCCGCGAUCCGCUGUACCAUUGACGCACGCCGAGCCAGUAACGACACGGGACCAGCCGCGAUCCGCUGUACCAUUGACGCACGCUGAGCCAGUAACGACACGGGACCAGCCGCGAUCCGCUGUACCGUUGACGCACGCUGAGCCAGUAACACGACGUAACAAGCCUCGAUCCGCUGUGGUCUUGCAACAUCAUAACACUCCUGCAGUAGGCAAACCUAAUAACAAGCAACCAUUGGGAACUAAUGAGAUAACGGGAAAUAGAGACGAUGAGGAUAAACAUUCGAAGUUGAUACCCACCGAAAAUAGAAAUUCUUCAUCGUCCUCAAGUUCAUCGGAUUCAGAAAAUGCUUUCCUCAUUGUUUCUGGCGGAGAAGGACCUUUAGUUAAAACAGGACGGAAGGGUGGUCGUCCAAAGACUGAAGUUAAAAUGGAUGACAACACGAAGAACCCAAUCAAUACAAAGUCGUCUGCGACCUCGGAACCAAAUUCAGAAAACGCCAUGUCUAGUGUGUCCAGCAGAGGGAACAAUAAUUCGAAAGCAGUAAAGAACAAAGGGGCAUCUCGAUCGAAACAGAUGCAGGUCAACGUACUCGAACAAUCUAUAAAACCGUCAACUGCGCUUGGGAAAGGACCUGCGCGAAGCUAUUCAUCUCCGAAAUUGCAAGGUUCAGUACAGCGCACGUUUCCCGUGGUUCAAGAAGCUAGAGCCUCGGUACAGGAGGAACCUCUCUAUGAAAACUACCAAGAGAAUUUGUAUGAGAAUUUGCGAGAAAGUGAUCAGAUGGAAACAGAUACAACUAAAUAAGAAUACAGUGGAUUCCUUGGUUACACGGAUAUUAGUAUUAGUUGAGAUUGCAUUUGUAUGGUUACACGGAUAUUCGUAUUACGAGAAGUUGAUAUUGCAUUUAAAUUGUUCUAUUUGUUGAUGUCUUUUUUUAAGUACUAUACAAUGAAUGAGCGAAAUGUGUUCUUCAUUAAUCAUAUUUUGUUAAACCAGGUUAAUCAUUUUUUGUCUUGCAUAUAAUUUAUUUAAGUUGACAUAGACUUAUGACAUUUAAAUAAAAUUAUUUCUCAUUUUCGAUUCUGUUUUUCAAAUAUUUUUUGAAUUAGUUUGUACCAGUUUGCAAGAAACUCAAAACGAUUAAACAAACGAUUAUACCAAAUUCUCCUGAAACGUUCAUGAUGUGGCAAUUAUUUUAAGGAUUCGAUCUUCGAUGAUUCCAUGCGAAGAGGCGUGUUAUUGUUGAGAGUCUACAUAUCAAUUAUUCAUUUUAUUUAUAUAAUGGUUUUAUAUCAUUUUCGACAUAGUUAUAUAUAAACAAGCACAUUUUUUGAUAGGAUUAAAAAAUCCUCGUGUAAUAACAAAGGGAAGCCUAAUGUGUCCAUCAACGUUGUUUUGUUCUACAAUUUGUUUGCACUCUAUUACAUAACAAUUUUUUAAGGAAGCGUAAUCGUUCAGACAGUACACUUUACUUUGACUCUGCCUUUCAAACAAGCUGGUUUACUAAAACAUCACAAAACUGAGCUGUCGACGAAGUCAAAAUGCAGAGAAUGCGAAAUCUGCGUGUAACGGCAUUGAAAUGCAAAUAAACAUGAGACGUUCGAGUAAAUGGACGUUUAUUUAUAAAGAAAUGUUAAUUAAAUUUUUAUGACAUUUUAUUUUCAUUUCUUUAUAACUUAACCAUUUAUUUUACCAAUCAUCAUGCCCCUGAAAUAUAUUCAACUUCAAAGGCUUUGCAAAAUAACCAUUUUUUUUUGUAAUUUCUUCCUGUAGUACGGCAAAAACAACGAAGAUUUAGUUUUCCUCAACAAUCAAAUUCGUUUCUAAGUAAUGAAGAACAACACAAUUAUGAUGCCAAGUUUCUGGAAGUCCUGUUUACAUUUCUGUUCAUACGAUUGAAGUGUGAUGUAACUGUACUGUAUACGUUUGUCCUCACGUAGACUUUAGCAUUACGCUUUGUACCAUUCUCAUUUUGUUAUUCCAUUGCUUUUAAAACUGGUUAUACAAAUCUUGAAAGAGCUUACAAACGACUGGUAUCCAGAAAUACUUUAUUAUAGACAUAAUGGCAUACGUGAAUAUGUAUUGUUUUCAUUUAUUUAUUUAUUUUAUCAUGAACUUUUGAAAUAAUAUUAGGCAUUUAUGUUACUAAAGGGGUGGACACCAGAUACCACAAUUGCGAGAAAAAAUGUCAUAAAAUUGACAUCUUAUUGUACAACGCAUUGAUUCCUACUAAAUGAUGUAUCCCAUUGCUUACGACAAAUUCAUCAUUUGCAGUUUUGCGCAGUUUUCCGUUUCGAAAUUUACUAGGUUGUCUACCACGUUAAUCGCAGUAAGUUUACAAAUAGCAUCGGUAUAUUCAUCUGUACUCAUAAACAUAUACUAUUUAAAUUGGGAAACCUUUUAGCGCUAUUUCAAACGGGGACACUCAGGCGAGACAGCAACAUGAUUGUUGCGUUUAUCAUUUUAACCAUGUAAAGUGAUGUAUUAUCGGCCUCCUACUAGCUCGCAUUGGCAAUUCUGUGACUGUGUUUAGAGAAAAUACUGUAUUUGCCGAUAUUUUGACCAUCUGGUGUCUAGCCCCUUUAAGCAUUAAAUCUUAUUUCAUGAUGUAAUUCUCAUUCUUAACAGCUUUAGUUUUUCAGACGAAUGAAGUUUUUCUUUAACAUUCAUUUGUUCAAUAUUAUGUUUAAAUUGCGUCAAUAUGACCCAUUAUUUCAACAUUACGAUUAAUAAAAUGCAAGUCAUAUAAUUCAGUUUGUACAAAAAAAAAUACUCUGAUGCAACCUUUACUGAAUUGUCAUUAUAACAUGUAAAACUCAUUUUUACGAUUGUCAAGUAUACCUCGUGAUACUAUUUAUUAAGGAUCCAUACUUAAUGUAUUAUAGAUUAUUAAGGAUCCAUACUUUAUAUAUUUAAUUUAUGUUAAAAGAAUGUGUUUAUUCCAUCGAUGUUAAGACGAAGACUUACAUAUUUCACAUUGUCGCGUGUAUACAUAUUUAUACUGUAGUACCCCCUUAACCUACCUGAAGACAAAAGCAGAGACCCUUAUGCACGCGUAUUAAAGACUUGUUAAACAAUACUCAUCUUAGUAAAUGAAUGUCAAUAAGUACAAAUGAAUAAAAAUGAUAUAUAUAAUUUUUCAUACGAUGUCAUUUUGUUAAAUAAUCUAUCAUGUAGUAUCUCAAAUGUUAUGUAGUUUUAUAUCGAUUGAUUUGUUAUAAGUUUACUGUUACAUGACAAUAAAACAGGUUCUGAUAAAUCACCUCUUUAUAUAUAUAUAUAUUGCGUUUUUACAUGCUUUUGCUUAAAUGUAAACUGUGAUAUAAUAAAAGAAUAUUAAGUUGA